AUGGAAACUCAAGUCAGGCUUGGUAAAUGGGCUGCCAGAUAUGAAUUGAACGAGAUGCACCAUCAUCUUCAAUGCUGGACAUCCAUUUUUAAUGUGGUAUCGAUCAUAUGCAAUCGCCGGACACCCCCUCAUAGAGAUCCUGAAUGUCGACCGGCAGCAUUUGAUAUCAUGACUACUGCUGGUGUUUAUCGCCCGGUCGUCAUGGAUUUCAUGAACCUUGGAAUCAAGUUUCUAUACGACUCUGGCUCGAUAUUGGCUUCAUCAUGUCGACUGGUGAGAUAUUACAUGAAUGUGGAAGAGGGCAACAGGAUUGUCACUGUGUGGUACAUGCGAGACAGCAUCCACAAUUUUGUUGGGACUCCGAGCACGGAGUAUGCAAAAUAUGACCGUGUAGAUAUUUAG